UUAUAAUUAUAGAAUUUUUUCUACUGUUGUACAUAAAUGUUUGCUUAAUACAUUUUGCUACACUUAUUACAAUUUACUUUUAGUGUGGACUUCGGUCUUUAUAUAAAAGAGGCUAGUUUUGCCAUAGAUCAAGUAAAACUAUUACAUAUUUUCUCUGCAGGCACUUCAUGUAUUAUACGUCGUCGAAAACUUUAUCUGGGCGACUGUAAAACUAUUAUAAAUAGAUGGCGCGCUAUGGUUUCAUUUUCUUUCACGUUUGGUCCUUUAUUGCUAUAUAAGAUAAACUAUCUGUUUUAAUGUCGAUAUAGGUGAAUAAUUUAAAUUCUUUUCUUGAUAAAUAGCAUUGAUUUUGGGUAUCUUGUGAUAAAAAUUGGUUUCAAAAAACAAGUAAAAAUUGAGGAUUGAACAUAUUUCGCACGAAAAUAUUACUUGACAUUGACAAUUUGCAAGUUGUCAAUGUCAGUAUUACAUAUAUGGUAAAACGUUAGUAUUAUGAUGUUAUACAUCAAUUUCUUCUUCGUAGUAUUUCUUGUUUGUGUUAAGUGAUACGAUGUCAUUAGAUAACAAGUGGUGCUUUUUUGGUAACAAAAUAUUAUAGGUAUUUACAAUUAUGUUCAGUUUUAAUAUCAAAAGUUAUUUUCCCUUUAGUAAAAGCAGUUUCCUAAAUCUUCUCUUUUUGUACCUGUUUGAGCUAGAUAAUUUAGCCACAAUAUAAAUAUAUAAUUUAUCUAUGGUUUUAUUACAUCAAUAUAUAUCAAUUACCAUUAUACGGCAAUAUAUGAUGUUCCAAAUAUAUUUUUUGAUAUUAAUUACUUGCAGAAUUCUAUAAAUUAUAGAAAUAAAAUGAAAUUCUGUAAUGGAAAAUUUCCAUACUUUCGAAAUAUUCUGAUGAAUUCAAAUUAAGUUGUCUGUGAAUUAUUGAAGUAAUAAUCUUAUCCAGCAACUUGAAAUAUUUUUAUUUUCAAAAAAUAAUCUUUCUUCUAUAAGACAUAUGGUUUCUAAUAUUUAAAUCGAUAGAGAUAUUACCAAUCUGUAAUAUCUCUAUGAUUUAAAUAGGCAUUUAUAUAACAUACUUAAGGUAUGUUCUGUGUUUAUACUAUGAAACAGAAAUAGAAGAAGAAUUGACUGUUCAAUAUUUACUACGAUUUGCUUACAUGUUUUGUUUAAAUAACUUAUAAUUAAUUAAUAAUUGGAUAUAACGCCGAAAGAAUGGAUACGGAGCAAAACACCGUUAAGGAAGUAGAUACUUUCCAAAAUGAUUUUGUUUGGAAUAUUAAUGUUAAACAAGAAUUGAGUGAGGAAGUGUCUAUCCAUGAUUUUUCUAAUGUAAAUACAAUUAAUAUGCGUCAUAUUAAAAAAGAAGUAAAUGAUGAAUUAAGCACAGUUCAAAUAUUUGGAGAAUCUACGGUUGUUACUAAAACAGAAAAGGACAGUUCUCGUAAGGUUAUACCUAAAAUUCGAAAUAAAUUUAAAGGUAAAAAACGGAAUCAUAGAAGACCAACUAAAUCAAGAGGACUGCUUAAAAGUGGGAAACAUCUAAAACCAAAUACUAUUUCUGGUAUUGUGAUCUGUAUGUUUUGUGGAAAUUUAUAUUUACAUCAAAUUGAAUUCUUUUGCCAUUUUUCUGCAAAUCAUUGUAUGAAACAAAAGAAAUUACUAUAUAAAAAGAAAUUUCACCAGAAAAAAAUAAGUUAUAAUGAAAAGCAAGGAACUGACCUUUCCAUAUUCAAAAAUCUUGAUGAAAAUGUGAAAAUUGAAAUAGAUGAUAUAAAACCAGAAUUACAAGAUAUCAGAUUUACUGAUAAUUUAAAGUUGAGUUUAGAUGACAUUCAGAAGUUGAAGAGGGGUGAUUUGAAUAGACAUUUGCGUAUCCGACGAGAAGAAAAGACUUUUAAAUGUGUGGUUUGUUCUAAAAGUUUUUCAAGGAGAAGUAAUCUGAAUGCACAUUUCCGUAUACAUGCUGGAGAAAAACCAUUCAAAUGUGACAUUUGUUUGAAAACUUUUUCGUUGAAAGGUAAUUUGAACGUACAUUUUCGUAGCCACGCGGGUGAAAAACCAUACAAAUGUGACGUUUGUCUGAAAACUUUUACUCAAAAAACUAAUUUAAAUGCACAUUCACGUAGUCAUACAGGAGAGAAACCAUUCAAAUGUGACAUUUGUUUGAGAUCUUUUUCCCAAAAAACUAAUUUGAAUGCACAUUUGGGUAAACUAACAGAAGGAAAACUGAUUAAAUGUGACAUUUGUUUGAAAAUUUUUGAAAACAAAUGUAAUUUAAAUACACAUUUGCUUGUCCACGCUAAGGAGAAGCUGUUUAAAUGUGAUGUUUGCUUAAAAAGUUUUUCACAAAAAAGUAAUUUACAUGCACACUUACGUAUCCACCAAAGACAAAGUUCUUUCAAAUGUGAUUUUUGUCUGAAAACUUUUCCACUGAAACGUGAUUUGAAUGCGCACUUACGUAGUCACACAGGAGAAAAACCGUUUAAAUGUGACGUUUGUUUGAAACAUUUUUCACGGAAAAGCAAUUUGAAUGCACAUUUUCGUACCCACGCAGGAGAGAAGCCUUUCAAAUGUGACAUUUGCUUCAAAACAUUUUCACUUAAAAUUCAUUUGAAAGUACAUAUGCGUAUUCACACAGGAGAAAAGCCAUUCAAGUGCGACAUUUGUUUGGAAUAUUUCACAUGGAAAACCAGUUUGAUGACACAUAUGCAAAGUCACACGAACGAAAAGCCGUACAAAUGCGACGUUUGUUUGAAAACUUUUUCACAGAAAAGUAAUUUGAACACACAUUUCCGUAGUCACACAGGAGAGAAGCCGUUUAAAUGUGACAUUUGCUCGAAAACUUUUUCAAGGAAAAGUAAUUUGGAUGCACAUUUGCGUAGCCACGCAGGGGAAAAACCAUUCCAGUGUGACAUUUGUUUUAAAACGUUUUCAUUGAUAGGUAAUUUGAAUGUACAUUUACGUAGCCACGCUGGAGAAAAACCAUUCAAAUGUGAGAUUUGUUUGAAAACUUUUUCACAAAAAAAUAAUUUAAACGCACAUUAUCGUAUCCAUUCGGGUGAAAAGCCAUUCAAAUGCGACGUUUGUUUGAAAACUUUUUCGCAGAAAAAUAAUUUGAAUUCACAUUCGCGCAUUCACACAGGAGAAAAGCCGUUCAAGUGUGACAUUUGUUUAAAUACUUUUUCGCUUAAAAUUCACCUGAAAGUGCAUAUGCGUAUUCACACAGGGGAAAAGCCGUUCAAAUGCGACAUUUGCUUGGAAGACUUUACAUGGAAAGCUAGUUUAAUGACACAUCUGCGUAGCCACUCAAAAGAAAAGCCAUUCAAAUGUGACAUUUGUCCGAAAACUUUUUCCCAGAAAAGUAAUUUGAAUACUCAUCUACGCAGUCACACCGAAGAAAAUACCAUUCACGUGUGACAUUUGUUUGGAAACGUUUUAAUGUGAAAUGUAAUGGAAAAUUUUUUCAUUGAAAAGUAGUUUUUCAAACUUGACAGGAUAAAAGACAUUCAGAUUAAAUCAUAAAUUUGAAACCUUAUACAUAACCAUAAACUGGGGGGAAAGGACAUGGAUGUAGAAGGAUUGUUUGUCAGUUUUUCUACAAAGAAAUGAUAAAAAACUUGGAGUCAUUUAGUAAAACUGCGUAUUGUCAUUUUGUUAAAAAAACAUAACCUCCAAACUGUUAACUGAAUCAAUCAGGUGUGUAAAAAAACAAAAACGGAUAUUUGAUAUCUAUUUAUGUGUUUAAUAUUUUGUUUUGAUAUUAUCAUCAUUUAUUGACAGGCAUUUAGACAAUUUCUCUAACAGAUAAAAAAAUUUAAGCAUUUCACUCAUUUUUUUGGUGCAACUACUAUUCGAUUUUAUUUUGUACUAAUAUGUGUUUAGCAUUGUCUCGAAUAAUUUUAAUAUAUUCAAACAUUAUUACUUUUAUCGUAAU